AUGCGCACACGACCUAGGCAACCUCCGCCCAAGCUUCACCUUGAUAUCGCAAUGCCUCCCCGUUCCCCAAUUGCAUCGCAUUUCUCAGGCAAGCUCACAAGUCAAGUUCGAAGGGUCUUGCCUGCGUAUCUUGCCCUUCUCUUCAUAUUCUUGUUCUUCGCCAAUACGCACUUUUUUACUACACCCAUCCGGGCUGCUUCAAAGUACAGACGCGAGCUCAAGUACCAGCAACCGCUGCAACUGAACGGUGCAGUCAUUCCUAGGAAGAUCUGGCAAACAUGGAAGGUUGGUCCCCUAGGUUUCGAGAAGCGCGACUCCGACUCAGCGAAGACCUGGCCAGCAAAGAACCCUCAAUAUCGGUACGAGGUUUUGACCGACGACAACGCAAAUGAGUACCUCGAAUGGCACUACGGUGCACAUGGUAUCAAUAGACCGGACCUUGUCGACCUCUACCGAGAGCUCAACAUAACAAUUAUCAAGGCUGAUUUGCUCCGCUACCUCGUCAUGUACGCCGAGGGCGGCGUGUAUGCCGACAUAGACGUAGAAUGCCUUCGUCCCAUCAGCAGAUUCAUACCUGAGCGGUACAACGAGCAAGAUGUCGACAUGAUAAUCGGCGUGGAGAUUGAUGAGCCAACGUUCGCUGACCACGAAAUUUUGGGGUCAAAGUGUAAAUCCUUUUGUCAGUGGACGUUCGCCGCCAAGCCAAGACUGCCUGUGAUGAUGAGGCUCAUCGAGAACAUACAAGUCUGGUUACACGAGCUGUCGCACGAAAAGGAGGUUGAGAUCUCGCAACUACACCUGGACUUUGACGAAGUCAUUAGCGGGACGGGCCCUUCGGCAUUUACCAAGGCUGUGCUGGAGCAGAUGACAGCACAGAACCAAGGGAAGCCGGUUACCUGGGAUCUUUUCCACAAUUUGGCAGAGUCGAGGCUGGUCAACGGAAUCCUAGUCUUGAACGUGGAAGCCUUUGCAGCCGGCCAAGGACACUCGGAUUCCGGGAAUCAUGACUCGAGGGGUGCGUUGGUGAAGCACCACUAUCAUGCUUCGGGAUGGCCAACGCUUCAUCCACGACGCAAUCACCCCAUGUACGGCGAGGUCGAACAGUGUAAUUGGAAGCCAGAGUGUGUAGCAGAAUGGGACAAGAACGUCGCUGAAUGGGAUACGUUGCCAAAGGAAGAGCAGGACAAGCGUAUUGCCAGCAAGCUGCCACCACCCGGAGGCGCAAAACCUCAUUAGGCUUACGUAUUGUGUAUGUACGCAGGCCGGUGUUCUGAUAGGAUGCAUGCAAGCGUUCGCAGCGGGUCGACAUGGGUGGAAAGGAGAUAUUGGGUUGUUGGCUAUCGCGUGGCGGGUUCAUCGUCGAAGGCGAGUUCCUGUUGAGUUUGAACACUCUUCUUGUAUCUCUGCAAAGUCUUGCAGAUGACAACUGUUGCAGCUACGGGCGUGGUCGAUGGCAUGGUGG